UGCCACCAUCCAGUAACCAACCAUGAUCCUCCAGGCUGCUGUGCUCAGUGUCCUCUUUUGCUUUGUGCACAGUUUUACUAUACCGGGGUUUUUUGAAAAGAGUGAGGAGUACUCUGGCAACAACAUUGAUGAUGACGAAUUCAGUGUCUUCUCGCUGUUAGAGAAGGCCAAUGUUGAUGUUGGAAAGAACAUCGAUGAACCUCUGGUGUUAGGAGACAUAGCAGUGCCAGACGGUUUCCAGAACGCUGAUCUCUGCACAGCACGAGACUGCCUGUGGCCUAAAGCCACCGAUGGCAACGUCUACGUACCCUACCGCAUCUCCAACCAAUUCUCCCGAAGAGAGAGACGUGCCAUCAUCCAAGGCCUGCGGUCAUUUGCUGAGUCCACCUGCAUCCGCUUCACUCCCUUGGACAGACAGGAGGACUUCCUGGAGAUUCAGUCACGCUCAGGGUGUUAUUCAUAUGUUGGGCGUCGUGGUAGAGGCCAGGUAGUGUCUCUGAUGCGCCAGGGCUGUAUUUUCCUGGGGAUCAUCCAACAUGAGCUGCUCCACGCCCUGGGCUUCAACCAUGAGCAGACCCGGUCCGACAGAGACGAACACGUUCGCAUCAUACGGGAAAAUAUCAUUCCUGGGCUUGAAUACAAUUUUGAGAAGUUUGAUACAAGGAACCUUGGCACUCCCUACGACUACAACUCUGUCAUGCACUAUCCAAGGUAUGCCUUCUCCAGGAACAGACAGCCAACCAUCGUUCCCAUUCCUGAUGAAAAUGUGUCCAUUGGUAGGGCCACCCAGAUGAAUCCUACUGACAUCCUUCGGGUGAACCGCCUUUAUAACUGCAGUACCACCGCUUCCGGACGCCGCCUGAAACCCAUGAAAAGAAACCAUUUCUUCUAAAUCAAAGAAAUCAAGAGGAAAUGAGGCAGAUUGAUGCAGCUUUUCAUCAACAAGCAAAACCAAAAAUGCAUCUUGCGCUUAAUGAAUGAGAUUUAAUUCAUAAUUUGACUGAAUGAGCUCUUGCGCCAUCCUAAUAAGUAGAGAGAUGUACCGAUACCACUUUUUCCUUCCCGAUACCGAUUCCAAUCCCUGAACCUUAGGUAUCUGCCGAUACCGAGUACCAAUCCGAUACCAGCGUGUAAAAUAAAAAUG